AUGCAGGUUGAUCUAGCUGUUAGCAACGCGUUGAAGUCGACGGAGUUUAGCAAAGGCUUCCGACAGGCCGCUGCAGAUCGUGGAAACUGUCCCACUGGAGCUUGGGAAGAUGUCGGCUAUCCUGAGCACCCAGAGGACUCCUCACGGCUUUGGAUUGUCGAUAGAAUUCUGAGCCCGCAGACCUUUCCUCAUUUUCUAAGCUUCUUGGGCCACGGCCGUUUACCUGGUGGUAAGUUGACAAGUAUACCACUCCCUGCAGAAGAAGAGGUCAUGCUUCUGCUGCAACCAUACUCGAAUUGGGCAUCAGCGCCCUACAACAACAUUACGGAAACGCCGAUUGACAACUGUAUGAAGUUCAUGGGCUCGGACGAAGUCCUUCGCCAGCUCGUUCCCAUCACCAAGGAGCUUCAUUCAAUGAAGUCGAGGAUAUGGGAAGGGCUUCCCCCACUGUCGAAAAGAAGAUGGGAAGAUCUCGAUCUAGACAAUCCCGACAAUUUCAGGGCGGCGUGCAGGUACUUGGCCGUGACUACGGACGCUUUCAACUAUCUCAAUAUUCCUGUCAUAAAGUCCGCCAUGAGAGAUACGCACAACAGCAUUUACGAUGAGUUGGAGACUUUUGAAAAAGCCAUCAAUACUCGUCGUUCAGUCUCCGGCGAACAACCUUUAAGACUGGCAGCGUUGUGGUAUGAGUUUUUCAAUGGCCAUUGCUCGUUCAUUGCUUCACGUGCGCACACCUGGGUGAUUGAGAACAUAGAUCGGCUCAAGGAGAGCGUUCUAGAGAGAAUGGAGAACCUCGCUCCUGGCUCUGAUAAUGACUGGUUCGGAGGGGCAUCUCUAGAGCUGGCGGACAACAUAUACGAUCUGACACAGAAUGCAGCCGCCGCGGACAUCGGGAUUUACAUCCCCAUGGACGGAUACAAGGGCUCUGGGGUGGAAUCUGCAGACAACUGGAAGCCUGGCGAUUCUGACAAGGCUCCCUACCGUGAAUACCCAAUCGAGAGCCAUCCAUCGGUACAAAAGCGAACUGCAGACUACCAUGGGAGGCUAAAAUAUCUUACUCGUGUGGAGACAUGGAGGGGAAGGGAGUCGCAAAAUCCCGCCUUUGGGCCAGGAGGCAUGAAUGCAACUGAUCCUGCCACCUUUGGUAUCGGCGUUGUCGGCCAGUCUCGGAGCCAAGGUCAGGCACAAAAGAGCACACGUGCUGAAAUGCGUGGAUCUAUGAAACUACCAAAUACGAUUGGGAGAGAGAUGUGGAUUGACGAGCUCCGGCAACACAUUUCUAGCGGUCAAUUGAGGACCAGUUUCCUCAUCUACCGAACCUGUUUUGACCAUAGUGACGACCAGUGGGAACUUUUCAAGGCAAAAUUCGAGGCUGAUGUCAACGACUGGGGCCGAGAUCUCGAAGCGAUCGAUGACAUACAGAAUCUUUUCAAGGUGCAGUGGGUGGAUGUACGAGAUACAACUCAGAGGCCCGUUGAUAUUGAUGGAGCUAAAAGCCAAUUCCGAGCUCUCGUACAGAACGGCGCAAUCCCCGAUGGGUUCCAUGAUGGAUUCUUCCUCGCAGCAGACAAGUCAUCUAUCGACUCGUAUCUGCACCCCGGCCCCCAACAAAGCGGAUUCAUUAUCGCGGUGGACAACAAUUUCGAUCGCGAAGAUACCAGCGGUUACAGGAUGGACGAAACGCCUGGCUAUGACGGGCAAGUUAGAAUCCUGGGAAGUCUACUCUGGGAUGACGUGAGCGCACAAAUAUUGCGCCAGUCGCAAUAUCUAGAAGACAUCUGGCCACUGGCAAUGCAGAAUGAUCUUCAGGUGUAUGAAGGCCCUUGGAUCAAAGAGAAACUGAAGCCUAGUCAGUAG